AUGGUCAAGGCUCAUCCUCUCAAUGCGCCUCAUACGGCUGGUCUCUUCUGCGACAUGAGCCUCGAUGGCCCCGUAAUCGGUACCCUGGUUAUCAUUGUCGACCGUGCAAAGAACCUGCCCAACAGGAAGACAAUUGGGAAACAGGACCCUUACUGUGCUGCAAGGCUAGGCAAGGAGGCCAAGAAGACGACCACAGAUAUCCGAGGAGGCCAAACUCCCAGGUGGGACCAAGAGAUUCGUUUCACUGUUCACGACUCCCCAGACUACUACCAACUCAAGAUUUCGGUCUUCAACGACGAUAAGAAGACCGACUUGAUAGGAGAGACAUGGGUCGACUUGCGUGACAUUGUUGUCCCUGGCGGCGGCCAGAAUGACCUGUGGCAUAACCUGACUUGCAAGGGCAAGUAUGCUGGUGAGAUCCGUAUCGAGCUCACCUACUACGACACUCGUCCAAAGCCCGAGAAGCCAGCCGCCAAACCCAAGCAAGUAACCUCAGAGACGGAUUCCCCUGCGGGUUCGCUCAGGGCCGCACCACCCAAGAGACGCCCUCUCCCUUCGGAUCCUUUUACCGGCCAGACGCCCGCACAGCAGCCUCCGCCGCCAGUACCAGGCCAUCUUCCUGCUCCACAAAGGCAGCAACCAGGAUCAGCAAGAGAUUACCCUACUCCAGAUCAUGUACAGACUCCUCCUCACCGAGCACAGCCAAACCCACCACCGUCCCAUUCGCCGGACCAUACGCCCUCGCACUCAGGACACUACAGCAAUGCUUCAUCCCUUCGUCAUCGGCAGGGCGACCCCUACUCUUCGGCACCAAACAGCGCAUAUCACACCCCGUCAAACCAUUCUGAUGCACGACAUGCACCUUCAGAAGGGUAUCCUCUGUAUCCUGAAGACGGAAUGGAGUCGCCUGACCACCACGGGCACACCCCGGAUAAGAGAUACAUGCCAUCUGCUCCCUAUGGUGCGCAGUCGAGCGAGCAGAUGUUCAAGCUAGACAUGGACAAUGAGAGGCCACCCCCGCCACCAGCCCAUCGCAGCACGCCCAGUGCGGCGUCCGAGCCAAGACACAGCCCCGGCCACGAAUCGAUGCUUCACAACCAGACACCGCCCGCGAUGAGGAUGGAUGUGCUCCGGAAUGAGGCUCAUCGUCAGUCUGCAUCGUCAACAACGAGCUUCAUCUCGGCGGGGCUCAUCAAGUUUCUCCGCCUCGCCAUCAUUCUUAUGAUACUUCCUACGACACACAUCACAAGUCUAUGCAAGCGACUGUAG